AUGACCCGUUACAGUAAGACAAGUGGUCGCAAGCAUAAGAAGCGUCGGACUAGCCAGAUAAUGGCAGAGAAGCAGUUGGAAGAGUCUAACCAAGGAAACGAAGAUGAGAAGCCUCAGUGUUAUUCUCCCGCAAAGGGAAUCGUCCUUGAGAACAUCGGUGUUGAUGCUAAGCAGCCUAACUCUGCCUUUGUCCCCAACGAUGGUUGCUUGAACAAGAUUGAGGAAAAUCAGGAGGAGGUCUUGACAAAAAUGGGUAAGACAACUGGUUUGGUAGCUUGUCGCAAGCUCGUAAACGAUCGGGCUAGCCGGCGACGGUCACUGGAGCAGAGAUUGGAAAAGCUGAUAACGGCAUCGGAGCGGCAGCGCACUGCUCCUCGCAUAUCAGGCCGAACUGUCCAGCCCAAAACUUGUGGGGUGCCUCCUCCUGACCCUAAACCCCAAACGAGAAUAAUCGCCGCGUUAUUGAGCUUAAUUAAUCAGCCUGAAGACAUGGAGAAAAAUGAGGAGGUCUUGACAUACAUUUGCAACAUAAGUGGUUUGAGAGGUGGUCGCAAGCUCCCAAGGUCUGGGAAGAACCGGAGAUUGGCAUUGGAGCGGAGAUUUGCAUCGGAGCGGAGAAUGGUAGAGCGGAUAUUGGUGUCAGAGCGGUUCAAAGCUCUUCGCGUUUAUAACUAUAGUAAGAAACUUGCUGCUUUUGUCCCCAACGAUGGUUGCUUGAACUACAUUAAGGAAUAUGCUGAACCAUCUUUUGUUUACGCUGCUGUUGCAGGAUAUAAGAUGAUUGCUGGAUUUGGUCCUAAGGCUCAUGCUGAGGGUCAUGCUGUGGGAGAUAUUCCCGGAGUUAGGUUCAAGGUCGUCAAGUAUGCUGGAUAUUCACACUUGGCUCUCGUUGCAGAGAAGGAGGAGGAGGAGGAGGAGGAGGAGAAGCCAAGAUGUUGUCCUGCUUGUGGUAGUUACGUUUGA